AUGAAAACGGUGAUAUUUCUAUGUUCAUAUUUAUUUAUCAAAGGAAUUGCGUGCUAUAUCUUGACAAAACAAGAAAAUGAAGCUCUGGCGCAGAUUUGCGGGUUAUAUGGAAGAGAAAUGGGAGGACAAGUUCCGCGGAUAGAACGGAAGGUGCUACGCGGAAAAAACGCGGAUAUCAAAGAUGCUCCCUGGUCGGUUGCGAUAAAAGUGGCAAAGUUGGGGAAUCGCCAUCGGCAUUCGAUUUGCACCGGAACUUUGAUUUCUCCUUGGCAUGUUUUGACGGCAAGACAUUGUUUUAUGCAGGAAACUGAAGAUGGGCUAAGUUGGGUGAAUGAUGACGCGCCAAUUGAUUGGAGAAUGUGCAAAAAGAGGUAAAAAACAGAAAAAAUUGCGAAAUUCAAACAAAAAAACAUGGGCGGCACUGUGUUCGCUGCGAGACUCACACAACAAACAACGUGUGCCUUUGAACAAAAACCGUAUUUUUUUCAAUUUUUAUUUUUCAGAGACUAUUUCGUCCCGCAAAAAGUGCUGAAACAGACACAAAUCGUGUUCGAAACAACGUGCGGAACAAAAAAAGCAUGCAAGGCUUAUAGAAUACCUCUUCCAAAAGUGAAACGCCGUGCAAAAUCGAUAGUUUUGUUGGAUAUUUGCCCAUUUCAACGAUGGCAUUUUGCACCGCCCGAUGUGGCUAUCAUUGAAUUGGCUGAGGAAAUCAAGUUUAAUGAGAAAGCUCAUCCAGUUUGUUUGCUGAAUAAUGAAACUUUGGUGGAUGAAGAUUCAUUGAUUCAACUUUUUGGAUAUGGAGAUGAUCGUGAGUUGAAAUUUGUUCUUAAAAUUCUAAAAACAUCAAAAAUUUUGCAGCUUCACUUGGAAAAGGAACCAAAGGUCGUCUUCGAUAUGAGCUAAGUCGAAAAGAGGAGCAUAAAGACCACGGGGAUCGAUGGGUUGUAACACAUUCGAUUUCCAAAAAGAAUUUGGCAUGUAGGGUAAGAAAAUAUCGAUUUGAAAAUGAUUUUUCACGCAAAUUUCUAUUCCAGGGUGAUUCUGGAGCUGGUUCAAUAGUAAAAAUCAACAAUCGCUUCACAAUACACGGUGUUUUGAGUCGAGGAGAUCCUUGUGAAUCGGCAACUUUGUCUUCAACUGAUCAUUUAUCAUCGGUGGCUUUUUUGGUUGAUCGAAUUUGUGAAUAUACUGGGAUUUGUCAGAUGUGAGUUUUUUGGGGGAAGGGAUGAAUAUUGCGAAAAAUAUGAAUUUUCAACAAAAAAUUGGUUUAAAAAAUUCUACUGUUUCAACAAUUUUUUUUAUUAGAUUUGAGGAAACUUGAAAAUUUGUUAGAACUGUGAUGCUCCCAAAAAACUAUUUUUUAAAAUUUACUGGUUCAAAAUUUUAUUGAAAUUUUGAACCGGAAAGCCUAUUCAGUAAGUAGCAUCCUACUUUUAGUGCUGAAAUUUGACUUUAAAAAAAUCUGAACUUUUGUAGGAAAAUUCUUUUUUAAAUUUACUUAUUUUUUAGCUGUAAAUUCUGAAUUUGGAAAAAUAAACGUCUUCAAAAAUUUUACUGUUUCAAUUGAUUUUGUUAUUAGAUUUGAGGAAACCUAAAAGUUUGUUUAAAUUGUGGAGUUCACAAAAAAUUAUUUUUUAAAAAUUUACUGUUUCAAAAUUUUAUUGAAUUUUUGAACCGGAAAGCUUAUUCAGUAAGUACAUCCUACGUUUAUUACUGAAAAUUAACUUUAAAAAAUCUGAAUUUUUGUAGGAAAAUUCUUUGAAAAAAAUGUAAAUGUAAGUACUCAGAGAUUCGCUGGCCAGCUCGCCACCAGAUCGCUGCGGCCACCUGGAAACCGCAUGGCCGCCAGGUCGCCUCGAGUUUUCCGGCGACGUGGCCUGUGUGUUUGAAAUUCUGGAAAGCUGGCAAGACAGUGGUUUGUACUCAAAACACUGCAUUUUCUACUGUUUUUUCACUUCCUGAGGUUUCAAGUGCUGCGAAAAAACAGAAAAUGAGCCAAAUUUUUCGAAAAUGCCUCAAUUCACAAGUUUUUCAGACAUUUUCAUGAAAAUUCAUUUUGACGCGGCGAAGUGGCCACCACAUGGUAGCCAUGUGGCCGUGACCUAGCCAGAGCGUGGCCACCUCGCCAGCGAAAAAAAAAACCGGGCGACAUGGUUUCCAUGUGGUUCCCAGGUCAGCCAGCCUCCCCACCUGGUGGCGAGCUGGCCAGCGAAUCUCUGAGUAUUUUUGAACUCAAAAGUUCUGAAUUUUGAAAAAAAAAACGUCUUUAAAAAUUUUACUGUUUCAAAAUUUCACUAAAUUUUUGACCUCACAAUUUAAAAUUGAUAUAUAAGUAAAAUUGGGUAUAGAAUUUGCUGUUUCAAAUUAAAAUUAUUUUUUAUGACUGAAAAUUCAUCUAGUGCAAUUAUAGAACUUUUCUGUGCCGCUGAAAAUUAAUUUUGAAAAAUCUGAAUUUUUCGACGGAAACUCAUUUCUUAGUUUUCUCUAUAUUUGUGACCUCAAAAAUCCUAAAAUUCACAUAUUUUUGACAAAAAAAACUUUCAAAAGUUUUUUUUCCAGUGAAUAUUCAACAAAUCACACAACCAAAGGUUUCUACGACGAAAAUUCGGGAAAAUCUCAAAUUUUUCAUCCAUUUCUAUUUUUGCCUAUAGUUUUCCUCUUCAAAAUCCUCAAUUUUCAAUAA